AUGUGGCAGGUCUCAUUCUCAAUGGAUCUGGUCUCCUUGAUGCCCAUGGAGGAAUUUGGUGGUCUUCUGUCUCCUCGCCCCCACGACGACCAUCGUCCAGGUAGUCACAUUGCAAUGAGUGGUUGCACCAACGCAACCCUAUCGAAUCUUCAUAUCAUCGCACCCGAAAAAAGUCCAAAUACUGAUGGCAUUGAUAUCGCUAAUUCACACAAUAUCCAUAUUGACGAAUCAUCAAUCCAAACCGGUGAUGAUUGUGUUGCGAUUAAUGGUGGUUCGUCCGAUAUCAACAUAACUCGUGUCGGAUGUGGUCCGGGUCAUGGCAUCAGUGUAGGUAGUUUGGGGAAAGGAGGGGAAUUGGACACGGUACAAGACGUAAACGUAAGACACUGCACCUUCAAUGGAACCUUAACUGGCGCAAGAAUCAAGACUUGGUCUGCCACGGCUGUGAAAGUGAGCGAUGUAACAUUCAGAGAUUUCAGAGGGACGAGUGCAGAUACUACUGCAAUAAAAGUAGAUUGUGACAGUGGAAUAGGAUGUGACAACAUCAUUAUGGAACACAUCAAUAUUACUUCUUCAUCUCCGACAACACCUCUCACCGCAAUUUGCCGAUUCGCACAUGUAAUUAGCCGCUUCGUCUCCAUUGAUAUCAGGUGUGUUUCUCGUGAUGAAGAUUCUCCGUCUCCAUCACCGUAG